AUGUGCCCCGCCAAGUCAUCGCAGAACGAGGUUGGUGCAGGUGAAGGUGGCCGGUUGCUGCUGGUAUCCAAUCGCCUGCCCAUUACAAUCCGGCGCUCAGAAGGGGGGAAAUAUGAGUUCUCCAUGUCCUCGGGCGGCUUGGUAACUGGCCUCAGUGGCCUGGCAAAAACCACCACCUUCCAAUGGUACGGCUGGCCUGGUCUGGAGGUGCCUGAAAACGAAGUCGAGAUCGUCAAGUCGAGGCUGCGAGAGGAAUACGGCGCCAUUCCAGUGUUUGUCGAUGACAAACUCGCCGACCGCCACUACAACGGAUUCUCAAACUCUAUUCUAUGGCCGCUUCUGCACUAUCAUCCCGGCGAAAUUGUGUUUGAUGAGGCUGCUUGGGAUGCGUAUAGGGAAACCAAUUCGCUGUUUGCGCAUACUAUCGCGCAAGAAGCCCAGGAUGGAGACCUGGUUUGGGUCCAUGAUUACCAUCUGAUGCUUCUGCCUGAGCUUCUUCGCAAGGAGCUGCGGGCUCUUGGCAAGAGGAAUAUCAAAAUCGGCUUCUUCCUGCACACCCCAUUUCCAAGCAGCGAGAUCUAUCGGGUCUUGCCUGUGCGGACGGAUCUUCUCAAAGGAGUUUUGUACUGCGACCUCAUUGGCUUUCAUACUUUUGACUAUGCACGCCACUUUCUAAGCAGCUGCUCUCUUCUAUUAAACCUAGACACAACCCCCAACAGCGUGCGCUUUGAAGGCCAAUGGGUGGCUGUGGGCGCAUUUCCAAUUGGAAUUGACCCAGAUAAGUUUCUCGACGGCCUGAAUAAACCGAAAGUACAGAAUCGCAUCGCCAGUCUGGAAUCGAAAUUCCAAGGCAUAAAGCUGAUGGUAAGUGUGGAUCGCUUGGAUUACAUCAAGGGUAUUCCGCAAAAACUGCACGCUCUCGAGGUCUUUCUCUCGAACCAUCCGGAGUGGGUUGGCAAGGUUGUUUUAGUGCAGGUUGCAGUACCUAGUCGUCAGGAUGUAGAGGAAUAUCAAAGCUUGCGCACCGUCGUGAAUGAGUUGGUAGGGCGGAUUAACGGGCGAUUUGGAACCGUGGACUACAUGCCGAUUCAUUUUAUGCAUAAAUCCGUCAAUUUUGACGAGCUGCUCGCGCUGUACGCGGUGUCCGAUGCGUGCGUGGUAUCGUCGACGCGCGAUGGCAUGAAUCUGGUCUCGUUUGAGUACAUUGCCAGUCAACAGAAACGCCAAGGGGUUCUCAUUCUGUCGGAAUUUGCCGGUGCGGCGCAGAGCUUGAAUGGAAGCUUGGUGGUCAACCCAUGGAACACUGAAGAUCUCGCCAGGGCAUAUCACCAGGCGGUGUCUAUGGAGCCGGAGCAGCGUGCCGCCAAGUACCAGAAGCUGUGGAAGUAUACGUCAAAGUAUACGAGUGCGUUUUGGGGCAAGUCCUUUGUUGCAGAACUAUCUCGCUGUUCUGCACACGAAUAG